GAGGGUCCCAGCUCCUCCUCAGGCCCCUGGGACUUCCCUGAGCAGCUGAGCAGGAGCUGAAACACAGAACCCCAAGGGCUUGGAAUUCAGCUCUGCACAGCCCUCAUCCCAACAGCCAAGGACCCUUGGAACGAUGCUGGGCUAGGGGUAGGGUGCUGAAGCAGACUGCGGCACUCCCAUCCCAACAGCCAAGAACUCCUGGGGCAGUUCAGGGGGGCCUAAAGCACUCCGGGGUCUUCCCAGACCUGGGGACAGGGUGGGAGGCCCUCCAUACCUAAACCAGUCCCAGUGUGAGCCCCAUUCAUGGAAGAAAGGCUGUCAGUAUUUCUUUAUUGCUGGGAGUGGGGGGUGGACGGGGAAAUAAGUUCAUUUGUGGGGGGAACCCAGGAACUUAGGAUCCAGGCCAGUGGACUCUCCUCUGAGUGUGUGCCCAGCUGGUUCCACAAGAGAACAGGUGUCCAGGGCUCUUCACUGCUCUCAGGGUGGACGAAACGCCUGCCCAGCACAGCCCCAGCCACACCACAGCCUCUGCUACCACCACGUUUCCUGGCCCCUCCCCUCUCCAUCUGCAUGACCAUUUCUUCCCUCCCCCAAGAGCCCACCUCUGCCAUGGGGCACUUUGGUGGCACCGUAUCUGUCAUUAGAACACUUGUCCCCCUUGCCAUUUUCCAUCUAUUUGAGGGAUUAUUUCAUUUGGCAUCUGUCCCCUCACUAGACUCUGAACUUCCCAGGAGCAGGAGCUGCAUCUGGAUUUAGUCAUCACUGUAUGCCAACAUCUAGCUCUGCACCUGGGAUAGAGCAGAUGCUCAAUAAAUACUUGCUGAAUGAAUGAAUGAUGAGCACCUGAGUGUGAAUCUCUCAGUGGGGGUGGAGGUGUGCUUUGCUGGGCGUGUGUUUGGGAUUACACACCAUGGGUGUUUAUGUAUGUGAAUGUGUGGAAGUGGGGUGGGUGAGUGUGCGUUUCCAGGACACAGCAGUUGUCAUUCAGUGUUGCUGCGGCCCCCUGACGUGCAGGCCCCACAGUGUGUGCCCAGGAUGAUGUCCUACGGAGAGAGGCUGGGGAGCCCGGCGGUCUCCCCACUCCCAGUCCGUGGGGGGCACGUGAUGCAUGGGCCAGCCUUUGCCUACGUGCCCAGCCCACAGGUCCUGCACAGGAUCCCAGGGACCUCCACCUAUGCCUUCCCCAGCCUGGGCCCCGUGGCCCUUGCCGAGCACAGCUGCCCCUACGGAGAGGUUCUGGAGCACCAUGAACCACUGCCUGCCAAGCUGGCCCUGGAGGAGGAGCAGCAGCCAGAGCCCGGGUUGGCCCAGAAGCUGCGUCGGGUUGGCAUGGCGCUCCUCAAGGUGCCGCUGAUGCUCACUUUCCUCUACCUCUUCGUCUGUUCCCUGGAUGUGCUCAGCUCAGCCUUCCAGCUGGCUGGAGGGAAGGUGGCUGGGGACAUCUUCAAGGACAAUGCCAUCCUGUCCAACCCAGUGGCGGGGCUGGUAGUGGGGAUCCUGGUGACUGUGCUAGUGCAGAGCUCCAGCACCUCCACGUCCAUCAUUGUCAGCAUGGUCUCCUCUGGCUUGCUAGAGGUGAGCUCUGCCAUCCCCAUCAUCAUGGGCUCCAACAUUGGCACCUCCGUCACCAACACCAUCGUGGCCCUGAUGCAGGCAGGGGACAGGACUGACUUCCGGCGGGCCUUCGCAGGGGCCACGGUGCAUGACUGCUUUAACUGGCUGUCAGUUCUGGUCCUGCUGCCGCUGGAGGCUGCCACUGGGUACUUGCACCACGUCACACGACUCGUGGUGGCCUCCUUCAACAUCCACAGCGGCCGGGAUGCCCCCGACCUGCUCAAAAUCAUCACGGAGCCCUUCACUAAACUCAUCAUCCAGCUGGACAAGUCUGUGAUUACCAGCAUCGCCACCGGGGACGAGUCCCUGAGGAACCACAGUCUCAUCCGGAUCUGGUGCCACCCAGACCGCUCAGAGCAAGACCUGGAAGAGAGAGAAAUCACACACUGUGAUCUGCAGGAAAAACAAGACCUGGCAUGGAGCUCCUCGGCCACGGCGGCAUUCCUCGGCUCCUCUGAACCCCGCUGCCACCUGCAGCUGCCUCAGGUCUCCCCUUGCCACAUGCCCUCUGCGGAGGGGAUCCUCCCACGCCGCCGCCCAGCGGGUGAGGCAGACAGGAGUAUCCCGCUUUCUGCAAGAGGAACCUGAGGCUCAGCAACAUGCAGUAACCGCCCAAGUUCCCGGCUGGGGCUGUCCUCACGGCUCCAGCCGCCCCUCACCUGAGCACUGCUUGCUCGUCCCAUCUUCCCCAGAGACCCUGCCUUUAAGAGUAGUGUCUGGCAGAUUUCCUUGGCCUGGAGAGUAGCUGGGGGGUGGGAUCCGAGCUCCCUGGCCUCCCCUCUCUCUGGGAUGGGCCCCACGGGGACGUGCUCAUCAAAGACUUGAGUUUUUGCUUUAGUCCCCGAGUUUCUGUGUGCUCCCUUCCAACCUUUCAACAAGCUGGCCCCGACCUCACCCAAACCAGUCUCCAGGGAACCAGGUCACCAAGGAAAGACUGGGAGGCUGAGGUUUUCCUCAGCAAAAGAAAAACCAGAGGCAGUUUUAGUGUCCCAACACUUCUCGAUGCUCUGAUCAUGUGCUGGGAAUUCCCUGCUUGUGUGGUCACACUGUGGAUUGUCACCCAUGCCUGCCUGGUUGGAACGAGCAUCUUUUGAGGACUUGCAGCCUGGGAAGCAGGGAUUAUCACAUCCCCAUUUUACAGAUGAGGAAACUGAGGCUCAAAGAGACUUGCCCAAGUCCGUGGGAUUGAAGUAGGCUGAAAAUCAUGGUGGACUCUGGAGCCUGGGCUCCUGAAUCUCCAUCUUGAUGCCCCUUUCAGACACCAGUCUGGUGUCCCACCAUACGUGUCCGUCUCCUGCUCUGCCCAUUAGGCCUGAAGGCCACCAGCUGACUACAGUCACCUGGAGACGGCUUGGGGGUGGUAGGUGCUGCUCUGGGGCGUUCUCCUCCAAGCCACCAGAUGGCGCUGCGGGCACAGCGAUUUCCUGCUGCUUCCAGAAAAACAAAGACCGCUGUGCUCCCCUUCUGAGGGGAGACUACUGCUGCCCACAUGCCUUGUGUCUCUCCCCAGGGAAGGAUUCCUGAAACCCGACAUUCCUCUGUGAGCUUAAUCAUCUCCUUCAGUUCCCAGUGCAUCCUUAAUUUGGGGUGGCUCUGCAGGCACUCAAAUCCCAACUCUUUUCUAAGAUUCCUUACAACUAGCCCCUGGGGAGAAGUGGGCCCCAUUAUGGAUCUCACACUGCAGAGGAGGAAAUUGAGGCCCAGAGAGGUUAUGUUUGGCCCAGUGUCACACAGCUGAGUGGCUCAGCAAGGAUUUGAGCCCAAGGCUGUCUGAGGCUCAUUCAUUCUGUUCUUCCCACAGAGUUCAGCAGCCCCACCACGUCCCCCUCCGCCCCCAUCUUGCCCCCAGGCCCAGGAGCUAUGGGCACAUCCUGGGGGUAUACCCCAGACCCUGGGUCCCUCAACUCUUUGUCUAGGCUGGAGCUUCCACCUUCCCCCUCUGCUGGCAAGGAAGCCCAGUGCCUGCGCCCUGCCCUCGGCGUCCCCCACCCAGCCUGGCUGGACAGUGACACCCUCUCUCCUCCUGCUGCCUCCACACUCCUCUCUUGCAUUUACAGUCUCUGGACUCCCCCUGUGGGCUCAGCCAGGGCCACACAACCCCAGGCAGGAAGGUCGUUUCCAAAACCCCAGAGGUCUUAGUCUUCAGCCUGGCCCUGCCCUGACACUGCCAGCCCUGAGUGGGACCCCAGCAAAGCUCCUACCCUCCUCCAGCCUCCCCAGGUCUCGCAGACCCCUCCCCCAAGAGACCCUGGCCCAGCCCAGAGUAGGUCAGUGGGGCUCAGGCUGGUCAGGCAUCCACUCAUCUCAGGGGGCCAUCUGUCUCCCAGAGUUCCAGGCUGGGGACCCUAGGAAGGUCCAGCACACUCCUCCCCAGCAGGCCCACGGUUCUCAGGCAUGCCUGCAGGAGCCGUUGAUCCUGACCUGGGAAGUCAAUCACACACACAGUGUGAUCCCAGGUGGGCCCAGGGAGGGAGGGGGGGUCUAAUCCUUAUUAGGAGGCACAGUUUCCUGAAGGCUUGUCGGGAGCUAAGCCACGCGGUGAGCACUUCACACACACUUUCUCCUGUGAGCUUUACAACAGCUUUUAUUAUCCUGCUUUAGAGGAAACAGGCUCAGAGUGGUGGCACAAUUUCCCCAAAGCAGUUGGUAUAAGAAGCAGGAUCCGAACUCAGCAAGCACUUGGCUCUGCCUGACCUGCGCAGCACUCACCACUGCUUUCCCAGCCAGCUUUGCCAGUUGAGCCCACCCAAGACCACCUUCUCCUGGUUUCUUGGCCUGUGAUUCUGGCCUGGGCUUGAGGGUGUCCCGAGGCCCUGGUGUGGCAAGCUGGGAACACAGACUAGCAUGUUGCCCCACUCAAGGGAAAACAUGCCACUAAAAUAAACCUGGAUUUACAGCCAGGCGCCAGGAAUAAUUCUUAUCUCCAUCACCUAUUUUUAAGUGACAUGUAGUUUAGAAUAAAACCUGAAGGAGCUGUAAA